AUGUGGAAAGCAUUUUCCGGCCGAAGCGAGAGCGGCAGCACUUCUGGAGUGAGGCGCAAGAAGAGCAGCAGUGGGCGCGCGAGUGCUAGUGAGGUGGGAGUGCCAUCCUCAUCUCAUCGCAGUGAAGAUGGAAGUCGAAAGCACAGAAGUAGCAAGAGCAUGUACGGCGACGACGAAGGACGGAGCGCGACUACGCCAACCAGGUCAGGCACAAAUGGACCAUUCUCUUUGACGGAAAGUGCUGUGAGAGCACUGGGCGACGGCGACGACGACUGGGAGGACGACAAGGAUGCGCGAGGUGAGAAGCGCAGCCGACAGAAAAGCAGCCGAUCGGAGAAGGAACGAAGCAGGUCGCGAGACAGGAAGGAGCGAAAGCGCGAGAGCACGAAAGAAAGUGGAAAGAGCGAAAAGUCACGUGGCAAAUCUCGCGCCGAAGAUAUCGUAGAUGGACCCAGUGACGCAAGAGGCAUUCCGGCUAUGGGGAGCUUCGAUCAAUUUCCUGGACAGAACAGCGGUGCCUUGGUCGGACCAGUAUCUCAGCAAUCUCAAUCUCAAUCCCAAUCUCAUGCGAUGUCUGGAGCUUUGCCAUCCGCCGAUCCAGCUCAUCAAUUCCCGCAGCAGAUUCCAGCCAAAUUCAGCCGACCUCGACUUGGACCGACACGAGCCGAUAGCUUCGGACACGCAUCAGAGUACUAUCUUGACGAAGGGCAGUCGGUCGACUAUCAGCCGGGAGUACGUUCGCGUACACCAAACAUGCUAGUCAACCCCGAUCUUCAUCUUCAUGCCGCCUCUGCCGCGGCUCAGGAGACACCGGACACUGGUCAUGGUUCCGCUGCAGAUUAUUAUGGCGGUGCCGCGGACCCUGUGCCUACAGCGGAGACGCGCCCGGUGCAGCCGACCAGGAAGUCCUCUAAAAGCACUGGCAAGGUAUCUUCACUUGCCAAGAUUGCGUCGACUUCAGCAGCAGCAGCCGUCACAGCUGGUGUGUUCAGCGCCACCACCAACAGACCAAGCACAAGUCAGCCAGUCACACCAUCCAGGCCUUCGCGCUCAGAUCCUGCAGACUUACGCCCUGCUUCAUCAUAUUAUGCACCAUCAUCCGCGCCCCAGCAGCGCACCACUGGUAAGUCCUCUGCCCGUACUAAUUCUAACCCUCCAGCAUAUGCAGCAGGCGGCGCGGCCGCAGGCUUAGGCGCCUACGAGACGAGUCAACGCUCCGAUCAGCGGGAGUCCUCGUACACGAACACCUCUUACCGCACUGAGACCCAGGCAGGCCAGACGAGGUCGCUGUUUGGAACUGAUGAGCGCUCAUACAAUGACGGCGGCAACACGAACCAGAAUUUCCAGUAUCACGAGCACAAAGGUCCCAUGACCCGACUCAAGGACGGUUUCUUCAACUUGAUAUCCGACCCCGACGAUGUGCGCCGCAUGGAAGAGUACACGGAGUAUAUCGGCGUUUGCAAACACUGCUUCGAUCCACGCAGUACGCCUAAUGACGGACCUCGCCAACAUCACUAUCAUCGCCGACCAUCAGAGGACUCCUUCGAGGACCUACGAAGGCGAAAGUCUUAUGAACGAAUGCAGCGUAAGAAUAGCAGCGAGACUAUGCGCAGGCGUGUUGAUAAGGAGAGCAGAUACUAUUCUGAGCGCGAUAGGCGAGAACAGAGCAGCCGGUCAAAUGUUCUUGGUGCGGGUCUGGCUGCUGCAGGAGUUGCAGCUGGAGCUAAUGCUCUAUUCACUGAUCGUAAGGAUUUCGAUGAUACUUAUAGUGUCAAGUCCGGCCAUCGCGCGAGCUCAGCUAUGCGGAGGCGGAGUCGCAGCUCUUCUCGCGAACGACGACGGAGGACCGAGCACGGUGUCACUCGGCGCGAUUCAUCGACAGAGUAUGUCACUGUACGCACAAAGGACGGUAAGCUGGAGAGGCGGCGCUCGUCACGUGAGCGUAAGGAUGGCUUUCUCGGCGCCGCUGCUGGGGCUGCUAUCGGCGUCACGGCGGCUUCGGCAUUUACCGGUGAUUCGAGACAACGUCGCGAUCAAGCUCAAGGUGAAUUUGUACGCCAUCGAGAUCGAAAUACUCCCAACGGCGGCUACACUGAGAUUCGGCGACGUGAUGAGCGCCGUGAAGACGAGGGCACCGGCAUUCUCGGUAGCUUUUUCUCUCCCUCCCAGAACGAGCGCAAAUACAGAAAUGAUGGCCGAGAGCGUCGUGGCAAACCGAAAAGCUUCUUUGGCUUUGGCGAUGGCUCGUCGUCCUCGGAUGAGGAUCUUAACUUCGGUGAGGGUUCCUCCUCCAAGACCAACCUUCCUUUACGACGUAAGCGAUCGGGACGAUCCGCACGCAGGAGAUCCAGCGAGAAUAUUGCUGCGACUGUGGUGGGCAUUGGCGUGACGGCUGCUGCUUUGGCUGCUGCGCAGAAAGGCCAUCGCCUUGCCGACCGCAAUAGUCGGCCUGAAUUGGGUGCGAGAAAGGAUGUCAAGGUUCACCAUGAUGGCCGGACUUAUCGUCCUUCUGAUGAGGAGGAAUGGGAGGACGAACUGCCGUCUGAUGUCGAUGAUGCGUCUAGCACUCAUUCUGGUCUUGCUUUCGGAAAUGGUUCGAGGUUGUCGCAUAGGCAGAGCCUGGAGAGUGUCUCAUCUGGCGAUGGGCUAAGUGCCUGGGGUUGGCGGUGGGGAGGCAAGGAUAAGAAGAAGAAGCGCCGUUCGUCUUCACCCGAUCCUGUCUACCCUCCAGAUCGAAGGCAGCAGGUUCUUGAUGAUCACAUGCAUGCCCAGCAGACCAAUGGUGGUGCACCUGGUAUCUACACAUCACCUACUGCUGUGUACCAGCAGCCUAUGCAAUACGUCGACCCUCAGCCUGUCUCGGAAGGGGGCUCGAGACAUGCAUCCAUGCCAGGCUCUUGGGAUGCUCCAAACGGACGACCAGGACCCGCUCCUCUGCAGCAGCCGCAACCGAUUGCUCCCGUCUCACCAGCUGUGAUGGAAGAUGUGGUCCAUGGUCGUCCCAUACCACGUCGUACAGCAUCGUCCCCAACACGACCUAGCUUUGGCCUUACUGACGCUGCCUUGAUUGGUGCCGGUGCCCUCGCUGCAGGCAGCAUCAUCGCUGGUCAAGGUCGUGCUCGCAAGGAUUCUAAUGUUCGUUUCGGUCUUACAGACGAACAGCAGCAGAGGGAAGAUCGCCAGCGGCGUCGUGAUCGCGAAGACGCGGAGGACGAGCGACGCCGGGCCGAUCGUACGAGGGCUCUGAAAGAUGAAGCUGGUCGACAUGCGAAGGAAGAGGAUGCGAAGAGGCGUGAGGAGGAUGUCAGGAGGAGACGAGAAGAGGAGAAUCGAGUCGCUGCCGAAGCGUCUCUGGAACGCGAGCGCAUCGGUCGACAAGAAAACGAGAGGAAAGCGGAGCUCGAACGCCAACGCAGUCGUGAAUUACAGGAAACCGAGCAAAGACGUUUGGAAGACGAGGGUCGAGCUCAGGAGCAGAGUCGGAGGCAGUGGGAAGCUAUGGCUGCCGAGGAGGCGGCGAGGGAGAAGCAGACGAAGCGGGCGCGUGAGGCGAGGAUUCAGGAGGAGAUUGAUGCUAAGCAGAGGGAACUUGAUCAGCAGGCUGAGGAGAGGAGACGUGCUGGCGAGGCGAGAGAGGCGAGGGAGCAGGGUGAAGAGGAUAAAAGGAUGAGAGACGAAGAGGAUAGGCGUUCACGUGAGGAGUCUUCUCGCAAGCCUGAGCGCUUCGAAGAUGCACCACCACCAAGGCAGUCCUCAAGUGGAUGGAGUAAUGUCGCCAUGGGGACUGCUGCUGCCGCUACGGUCGGGGCCGUCAUGGCAGGCGCCGAGCAUGGACGAAACCGUCAACGCAACGAAGAUCGUGCACGCGAGCAUGAUUCUCAUCCAGAAGGACAAGCUCUAUAUCACCCGAUCCAAGACUCGGAGCCGAUUGACUAUUCUGCCAAGCAAAUCCUGCCGGAUCAAGAAACCUCAGGCACUCCCAUCAUGGACGACGAUCUCUUCGACAAAGACUUUUUCAAGCGCAAGCGCAGUGACUCGGAGUAUGCACGAGUCGCUACCAACGCUCGUGAGGCUGAUAAGGUGGUGUCGGAUAUGGAUGAUUAUUACUCCAAGCCUGCGCCUUCGCAGGCUGAUUUCUUCGCGCCCAAGGACAUCCUCAGCCAGGACUCUGCAGGCAAGACAGCCGUUGCUGGGCCCAAUGCAGACAACGAUGCACAAAUUUACUACGGCGCUGAUGCAGAGCUGCGGUCACGCUUCGGUGAUGGGUAUGGGAAGAGCAAGCAUGCGCCUUAUGGUGUGCCAGCUCUCAAUGUCAUUUCGCCUACGCCUCCACCCAGUAGUCCGGCUUUCGGUGCUAGAAGUAAGCCUUCACUGCCUCCUUCGGCUCUUGCUCAGACGGAAGAAGUUGGACAACAGGCUGAAGAGGGCGCAAGUCAGUCGGGCAAGCGCGAUAGAAGUCGAAGCAUUUCUUGGGGUGAGGACAGGACGCAUGUUUACGACCCGCCCACGCCGGAGUCGUUCCAGGAGAGGGGGUCGUAUAUGGAGGCUAAGGAUGUCCCUACCGCUUCGUCUAGAAAUGAUUCGGCUGGGCUCGAUGAAGUCAUUGUGGAGGCUGAGGAGCCUGGUAGGAAGUCCAAGACGACAAGCUAUAAGGCUGCCGAUCUCGAAAGGGAGGCUGAGGAGAACCGGCGUCAGGAAGAGAGUAGGGCAUCCAGUACUUCGAAAUUCGCAGACAGAUACGACGCUUCGCCAGCAGAGACGCUUCCAUCGUACAAGCAGCCGUUCUACGAGUCUGUCUCGGAUAUUGGAAUGGGCAGAUUUGCAGUCGACACUCCAGGCACAGAGGGUGCGCCUCAAGUCCGCGGCUUUGUAGAAGGUGAGACAGAUGAGCCGACGCCCGUUGUGGAGGGAAUACCACAUAUUCCAGGUGGUUUCGAUGAUGACGACGAAGUCCAGACCCCUGUACCCAAAGAGUCUGUGCAGACGGAUAUCUCCCCGAGUUGGGAGCCGCCGCUCAGCAAGAAGGACCAGAAGAAGCGCGAGAAAGCUGCCAAACUUGCAGCUGCUGCGAUGGAGGCCGAAGCUUUCGACGACACCCCGACACAGCAGGUCCAGACUGUCGAUACUGCGGAGGAAGAACCUGCAGAUUACUUCGCGGCCAAGAAAGAUAAGAAGAGUAAGAAGGGUAAAAAAGGUGCCAAGUUUGCGGACACCUUCGACAGCGAGCCGGUCGAGACUACCACGCCCACUGUCACGGAAACUGAGAGAUCUGCUCCCUUGCAAAAUGAGGAAGAAGCGAUCGAUUAUGCUGUCAGCAAGAAGGACAAGAAGAAGUCGAAGAAGGCCGCGAGAUUUGCAGACACCUUCGAUAGCGACCCGAGCGAGCCUUCUACACCAAUAGUCAAGGAUGCGGAACCUUUAGUGCAAGCACCUGCAGAGGAUGAUGCGGACUUCUUCAUAAGUAAGAAGGACAAGAAGAAGCGUGAUAAGGCGGCGAAGCUGGCGUCUGCGUUCGAUAGCGACCCAGCUGUGGAAGAAGUCGAGCCUCCCGCGCAAGAGAUCUUCGUCGAUCCCGUCACUCCUGCUGGAGAUAAGCCGUCGGACUUCUUCAUGAGCAAGAAAGAUAAGAAGAAGCGCGACAAGGCUUUGCAGCGUGGGCUCUCCGAUUUCAGCCCUGCUGUAGAGGAUACUAAGCCCGGCAACCUCUAUGACGAGUCGCCAUCCACCGAGGUGACCGCUUCUGAUGCUGACUUUACGCCCGCGUUGAGCAAGAAGGAGCAGAAAAAUCGCGAUAAGGAGAUGGAAAAGCAAGGGUUUGCGGAUGUGGCUGAUACUCUAGCCGCCACUACUGGUAUUGCUGCGCUUGUAGGCGGCGCCGCUGCUCUCGCGAGUGACUCUAGUCCUGCUGAGCCGGAAGACGAGUGGGGCACGCCCACUUCUGGGAAGAAAAGCAAGAAGGGCAAGAAGAAGGGCGCAGGGCUCGAGCGUGAUAUCCGCGAUAUCGAGCCUUCCGAGACGCCUGUGACCAACCUUCCAAGCAGCAAUGAGCGGCCAUCGAUGCCUGGCAACUGGGUAAGUGAGACCAUUGAGAAGGCUGCCGAGACACCUGCAGAUGCAUACGAUCCUUUCCAGUAUCAAGUCAAGAACGAGCCGCCACCAGCGUUACAGGACAACGAGGCUUCCGCUGAUGACUUUACUACUUCUUCGUCGAAGAAGAGCAAGAAGAAGAAGCGGGACAGUGGUAGAUUCAAUGAACCUGUGGCUGCCUCUCCCUUGAGGUCUGAGUGGAAAUAUGACGAUUAUAUUGGCGAACAACCUGCGCAGGUGAAAGCCGGCGCUGAGGCUGGAGUCACUGCUGAGCCGCAGUCGUAUGCGAAUGGUCAUGCUGUGGAGUCAUCUACCGAGACGAGAGAUGUCGACGCUGGACGUGGUGGUCAGUCUGAGCUUUAUCGUGACAACGGUGUGGACUUGCCUGACCGUCGAGAGUCCCCUACAAGCCAACGCUCGGGAUCAAGGACAUUGGAGCCGGCUCAACGAAGCGAUGAGUCUGAGCAUAGCAGUCGGCGAAAGGCGAGGUCAGAAGUAGGCUACGCUGACGAUCCUGAUUAUUAUGAUGACCGCUCCGUCGCUGGAUCGGAGCCUGUUGGGUACUACGAUAGCUCUACAAGGUCGAAGCGUAGGUCUCGACACGAGGAUGACGACGAUGAUGCGAAGUCAACAGUGUCUUCGCGCUCACGUCGUGAGAAGGAAGAGCCGACGAGUUCCAAGAAGGAAAAGAAGGGUGGCUUAUUCGGACUAUUCAGCAGGAAGUCAGCAGACACUGUGCCACUGAGUCGGCAGUCGACACACUCGGACGAGGCACCGUUGAGUCGUACCUCGACACGGGAUGCUGGUGAAGAAGAUGACGAGCGCAAGCACAGGAAGAAGAAGCAUAGGGAAGGCUCAGUCUACGAUGACGAUGACACCCGUAGCGUAACAUCCGAAAGCAGAAGGAAGAAGCAUCAUCAUCGAGACGACGACGAUGUAGAUAGUCAAGAGAAGAGCCGCUCAAGCCGCCAUGGCGAUGACGAUUUCGAUACUCGUUCCGAGUCAGGACACAGACACCGACAUCACCGAGACGACAAUGAUGACGAUGACACGAUCUCUCGUGCUGGAACAGAGAGAGGACAUACACAGCAUCGUCGAAAGAGAACUGGCGGAUCUGAAUCGAAUGAUCAGUCUUUUUUAGGUGAUCGGGUAGAGGAUUUGCCGCCUCUACCCGCCAGUCCACCUGAGUCUCCGAUCUUGGCAUCAGUCAAUCAUGAGCAGGGUUCCGGCAAGCCUGUCUCGGCUGAGUCGGAUACUCGAGCUGUCUUUCCUGAGUUCGCUGCUGUCGACAACCAAGUCGUCGGCGCUGGCGUUGAUGAGCGGGGAGCUCCCGACGACUUGUAUCUUGCGGAAUUGCCUGCAGGUCAUGAUGACUCGACCAUCAUUCCGCAAGAUCACGGAGAGCAGCUCCCUGCUUUACCUGCGUCUCAUCCAGGAUCUCCUACAGCCGCAUCAGCGGAACUCGCUGACAAGCAAGCCAGUGUUCGCAGGCACAAGCCAACUCUGAGCUGGGCAGAAGAUGUCCAGGACUCGUUCCGCUCCGAUGCAGCAGUCGACACCCCAGAACGACCUGGCCUGACAGGUAGACCUGCCUCUGCUACGGCUGUUCCACUACGCUUCCCAUUCGGCCAUGCGCCACCGCAGCCACUCAAGGAAAGAUCUCUGAGCUUUGGUACACCAACGCAGUCCUCGACACCGACAUCUCCGACUUCUUCGCACAAGAAACCACGACCAACCUCGAGUGAGAUCAGACCGCUGUACCUGGUCGAACGCAACCGCAAGGUUCCGGACGUCGAGGAGGAGGAUAUGCUGCCAAGCCUACCUUCGAGCAAGCCAUCUAGUCGUGCUUCGAGUGUACAAGGCAGUGACGACUGGCACUCAGCAAUCGAGGACCCGCCAUCGCCGUGUCGUGAACGUUCUUUGAGGAUCGACACCAGCCAUGCCCAUGCAUUCCAGGCUUCCGAUGACUAUCUUGACUCUCAGCAAAAUACGCCUAAAGCUAGUGACUUUCCAGAGACGGCGUUCGAGAGGCCUACCAGACAGGAGCCGCAGUUCUACACUUGGGAGGACUUCGAACAAGACGAGCGUAUGCAUGAUCAUGAUCUUGAGCCACACAAUGACAUGCCUGUCCAAGCCAGCAGAGAUGCAGCACGUCCACCUCUGUAUGUUGAGCACUCUCAAGAGCGUACCGUCGUCCUACCACCUUUGCCAGAUAGUCCCCCGUCUUCACCAGAGAACGAGGUCAAGCUUCCGGAUAUCAAGCCACGUCGAUCGGCGAAGGCGCUUGCUGCUGCUGCCAUGUUUGGCGGCGCCGCACUGUUGGCGCACCAGACAAUGCAAUCUGACGACAACGAAGAAAGCGAGGGCCGGACGCCAAGAUCCAGCAAGUUCAAGGAGCAAGAACAGGACUUUGCAGAGGAGCGACUCCCACUUCCUGCGUCCGUAGAGCCGGAAGAGCUGAUGGAGGGAGCAUCUAAUUGGCCCGCCGUCACUCGAAUGACAUCGAAGAAGAAGGGGACGGGGAAGCAGGGUGCUAAGCAGUCGACAGAGGAGAUCAUCACGAAGGCUAGUGGAGCAAAUCUUGUUACCAGCGACUAUGCUAGGUUUAAUGGAUCUCCCGCAGUCGACCACUCCACCGGGGAUGAUGACUCCCUUCCAGCAGAGACCCUCGGAUCCGGUAUCACAGAAGGGCACGCUGCCGAACCUGCAGAAUCCAACCGCGAAUUGUACGAUCUUCGGUCCGCAGACAAUGCUGCUAGUCUCUCAAAAAAUGCAGCAGCAGCUAUGGCCUCGUCAGUAGAGCAAGACAGCGAUGUCCAACAAACAUCAAGUGACGCACUCGAGACGGAGACCUGGACCGCUCCCGCUCUUGCCCGCAAGCAGUCGAAGAAAGCCAAGAAGAAGCAGAAGACUGCGAGCGCUUUCGACUGGGACACGGCGCAAGUGGAAACCAAGGAUCGAUAUGCGGAUACAGCACAGGCUCCCGUCCCGGAAAUAUCUUCGCCUCAGAAAUACGAAUCGGUGCCCCAUGCUAGUACUGUGAGAUCAGUCGCCGACCAAGGAGAGUCCGUUUCAACCGAUCACAGAUUCCUUGAGGAGACAUUCACCCCAAGAGGAUCAGAUGUGAUCGCUACAGCAGCGGCACUCACUGACCUCGAACUAAUGGAGACCACCACGAACGAACCCGAUACCGCGGAUGCACCUGCUUUGACUCGUAAGGAAUCGAAGAAGGCCAAGAAGAAGCAGAAAGCUACAUCGGCCUUUAAGUGGGGCGAUUCGUUGAGCGAAACACCAACCGAUCAAGCCAAGGCUGCAAAGCCUACUCACAAGCCAGAUGUGAGCCUGUCCCGAGAUGACGCAGACGAUCGUGGUACUGUGGGCGAUGCCAUCCUGCCGGAAGUGUCCGUCGAAGAUCCUGUGGAAACUUCGACACCUGUCACAGAUGUCCAAGCGACGCAGACAGGCUCGUGGUCCCUUCCUGGACCAGCAGUAGUGCAAGCACUGAAGGAGGAAGAUCCGGUUGAUGCAGAGCCUGAGGCAUCCGCAUUCGAGGUACCAAUGUCUGCUGCUGCUCGCAAGAAGGCAAAGAAGGACAAGAAGAAGCAGAGACCGCAACAAGAUGAUGACGAUUGGCAGCGGAUACUGGAGACUGGAGAUGGCAAGAGUGCGAUCCCCGGCGUUGCACGAGAACUCGAUCCUGUGCAAGAUGUUAUGUCUCACUCGGCAGACAUUCCCAGGCUCGGUACAGGAGAAGUACAUACAGGUCGAAGAGUGACAUUGCCAGCAGACGUGCCACUGCCGCAAGAGCAAGACGAAAUGCUGAUAGCUCCGGUAUUCGAUGCCAGUGCCCUCGAUGCACCUGUGCAGCCCACUGAGUUGUGCAUUGCGGCUCGCGAUGUGCCAUUGCCCAACGACAAAUACGAGGACUUCAAGCCAGUGCAUGAACCCCAAGAUAUCAAGCCCGAAGCACCUAACUUUGCGAAAUUUGAUAGAGGACCGCACGAUGUACACCUGCCAGAAGAUCAGCUAUAUGACAUGGAGCCUAGCAAUACGCUUGAACGAGACUCAGCUCGUACGAUGAUGACUAGAUCGGCAUUGCCUGGAGCGGUUUCCGGCGAAGAGCCUCAUGCACAAAGUCAGCUAUCGCCCGUUCUUCGCCCCGAGGAUAUCCCUCUGCGAGCUGCAGACGAAGACGACUGGAGACCAGUGGACAGACCAAAGGUCGCAUUUAGUGAAGCAACUCGCAAUGCCGACGAGAAGCUUGCUGACCUUCAAGUUAACUCCGAAUUUUGGCCAGCAGCGCAAGUACCGCUCCCCGAAGAUGACGAAGGUUUUAUUGAUGCGGAAUCCGAUCAUGUACAUGAGCACAUCAAGCCAUUGAUCAAUAAGCCUAAGCAGUCGACAAGACCUGAGCGUACUUACGAGGACAUGGUAGUAGCUUCGCAAGACAACAGCGAUGUGCCAAGUCAGCCUCGUGCCUUCGACAUGCCAUCUGAGCCACCGACCGCCCGACCUUACGUACAGCCUGACCUGCCAGCAUCUGAGAACGCCAAAGCACUCGAUGAAAUCAGCUGGGAAUCAACUACCAAGAAAUCAAAGAAAGGCAAGGAAGGAUCGAAGUCGAAGGCCGGCGAAACUUCACAAGUCAAGACUGCCACCGACAUGGUACAAGCCUUGCCUGGCGAUAGGGCGCGCUCUGUCACGCCAUCCGCUGCGCAUGAUGCAGUAUCUUCGACGGACGGUGGACAACACGAGCCUGGAGCGGAUCAGGGUCGGGUGUCAAGCCUUGGUCCAGAUCCAUAUGCUGCUACACCUCAAGAGACCGCCGAAAGCACCGAAGUCGAGGAUCCCCAAGCGUUCUGGACACCACCUGAAUCCACCAAGAAGGGCAAGAAAGGCAAGAAGGCUCAGAGACAGGAUUUAUCUGUGGUCUCAGAGCCAGCCACAGUCGCGGACGAUGCGGUGCAAUCUUAUACGCCUGCGGCGAGGGAGGUCUUGUCUGCAGCAGAUUCACCAGUACUUGAUGAGGCAAAUUCAGAGCCAAGCACAGACAAAGAUCAGUUUUGGUCGCCUUUGCCCAAGAAGAGGAAGGGUAAGAAAGCGAAACAGAAUGUGGAGACUGCUCUAGCCGUCGAAGAUGAUGGAUUAACAUCUAAUGGAGACAACACACCAGCCAACAAAUCCAGCUCGUUUGCAACACCUCGAGAUGAUCGUGACACCGAGCCCCAAUUCAUUCCAGCUCCGGCAUCGCCGAUAGUUCCCGAUCAAUCUAAAUUCGUGAUCGACAACCUCACGCCGCAAGACCUGCCAGAACGGUCUGCAGCAGAUGACUUGUGGGAGCCGACCAAGCACAGCAAGAAAGGCAAGAAGGGAAAGAAGGCGAAGCAAAUCGGCUUUGAAGAUGAAGAGGAACCACAGACUGUCGAUCGAAGUAAAACCGCGAUCUCAGAAAGCAUUGACCAGAUCACGCUCGGUACAAAGCGUGCUUUCAACCAAGACGCCGGAGACACCUUCAGCGCCGCACGUGGUGGCAAAAUGUACACGGACAAGUAUGAUAUGGAAGAUGCUGCCCCUCAAAGAGUCCCCUCCGAAGCUGCCAUGUCAGGAAAUAACGAAUCUUUGCCAUCUCCAUCAGGAAUCCCUGGUGCGAAGGCGCAGCGCAGCAUUUCGUGGGAGUCUCACGCCUUGCAGCACGACGACACUUUACAUGCGGAACACAACAUACCCCUACCACCUGUAUCGGUGCAUGAAGCCGAUGAGCUGGCAGUCGAGCAAGCAUUUCCAGAAUCUGGCCCGAUCGACUAUGAAGAUGCUAGAUCGCAGGCAACAUCAUUGGAGGAACCUAAGGUUGUGCACGACUGGGAUGCAGACGCCAGCCGCAGGGGCUUUUCGAUGGAAGAGCACGGCCCGCCAAGCCAAAUUGAAGAUAUGAGCAACGAGUGGCCGAGUCAGGUCGUUGGAAAGAACCUCAAAAAAGGCAAGAACAGCAAGGGUAAGACUGUUUUUAAGCUAGAACCUACGGCUACGCCUACUACAGACGAAGAAAGAGAGUUUGCAUUGGAUCCAUCUUUCGAUAUCGCUACACCAGUUCCUGAAGAUGACUCGUCAUGGGCUGGGUUCUCGACAAGUAAGAAGACGAAGGGUAAGGCCAAGAAAAGUCGACAAUUGCUUCAACCUGAGUUCAACGACCAAGGUAAUUCGAGAGCGGCAUUAGCUGCGACAGAGUCUCAAGAUCCAGAGUUUGCACUACCUAGCACCGGUAUCGCACAACGACCUGACUCAGAUGAAGCCUCCAUGGCUAAACACACCAUGUACAGAGAAGAAGAGCAAGCCGCUGAUGGUGUAUUUGGCUUGCCGCCAUUGCCUGAGUCACCGCUCUACGCAGACAAGGUCUUCGAUUUGGAGACCGUGCCGGAACCACAUCAAGGUUCCACGCUUCGCUACGAUCAUGAUGGCAUGCCACCGGAACGAUGUGGAGAGCAUGGAAAUCAAGUCGGCAGCAACGACGUACACAAUGAGCAAUCGACCUCGAUCCCUCGUGAUGGUCAGAUCACAGAUUCGGAGCAAGGCUCGUUAACCAGAAGAUUCUCGACCAGUACACAUACGGGUGAUACGUUGACAGAACAGGAUGACAGGGCGCCGCGCAACGUACAACUUCAGUCUAGCGAAGGAACGACCCCAGUCGAGAGUAAUCAGGAGAGAGCCAAAGCCAGCUAUGCAGAAGUGGAGCCCACAAAUCCCGAACAAGCGGAGUCUGGCUUAGGUGCUCGCAUGUCCAAAGCGAUCAUAGGAGCAGCCGCUGUCACUAGUGCAGCUGUGCUUGGUACUUCACUCGCAGACGAUGAAGAAGAGGCCGUGCCCGAAUCCACUGCAAAGUUCUCGAAGAAGGACAAGAAGAAGGCUAAGAAGCGCAAAGGGGCUGCGUUUGAGUAUAUGGACACCGAGCCCCAGGUCGAGAGCGAGGAAGCUGUGCUUCCAGUGACGAAUCACAUACUCCUGGACAGGAAUGAUGAUUACGUACCGCUCGCCUCACGAAGAGUACCUCCAGCUUCUAUCGAGGAAGAGUUGCUUGAGCAAGCCCUAGCACGGGACCUUCCUGCUCCGACUCCAGGGGAGAUUGUCGGCGAAGGAGAAGCGCCCAAUGUACUCUCCAAGAAGUCCAAGAAGGAGAAGCGCAAUGCCAAGAAAGUCCGCUUUUCAUUCCCAGAGAUCAACGAUACUUCAAGUGAGCCAACUUCGAUGCCAGCGUCGCGGGAUGAGUACAUCCCGGUCUCAAGCGUUGAACAGCACGACGACCAGCGUCUUACUGCCGAGCCUUCACGCCUUGCUAUCGAAGAAGCAACACCACCAACUGAUGACGCCAUGUACAACUCACAGGAGAAAGCCCCUGAGAUCGAGCAAGACUCGGCUGUUGCCAAAGAGUGGCCUACCUUUGCCAUCAAGCGUUCCAAGAAGGACAAGAAGAAGGCCAGGGCGAAAGCAGGGCAAGCCGACGAUGUCAAGAUUGAGGAUGAGUCCUAUAGACCUGAAGAUGUCCCGCUUCCACGACCAACGAUCGACGAGGCAUCGCAAGAGAUUUCUCCGCCCUGUGACCUGGCUACCGACCUUGAGUCGACGUUUGCGUCGAACGACCGUCGUGACGACCCGAAGCCAACGACCGAGACAUGGCUUGCGCCGGAAGCCAAGAAGUCGGUCAAAGACAAACGUAAAGGAAAGAAUAUCAGCAACGACUUGUGGCUGUCAGAUGAAGCUCCAGCUCCACCGGUUGAGGACGAAGGCAUCGCACGUACUGAUCCGAUCGCCGAGAACGCUAUGCACAACGCCGUCGAUACCUUCUCCGCUGCAACGUUACCUGAUGACACUCCUGCUGGGGCUCGGGAAGGUACGCAUGACGUUGGAAUGACCAAUACCAGAGAAGGUCCUGCAGAUAACGCUGAAGAAAUACAAGCCGAUGCAGAUUUGGCCAUCAAGGUUUCUAAGAAGGAUCGACGAAACAAGAAGAAGAACACGAUGUAUAUGCCUGAAGUUACCGGCGUUCUUGACAACGUCCCCGCUGGUAGUACAUACGAUGCACGCAUGAACUGGAACGAGGCGCCCACUGACACCAGCAUUGACGACAAGAGAAUACCUCCCGAAGCAGCUCGUCAUGAGUAUGCUGAGCCACAGACUAGGAUCCCGCAAGACGUUGUCAUGUCCAAUGUAUCUCGGUCUACGAGAGACAACCAUCAUGAAGAUCUGGACGGGCUAGUAGAUCGACGGGCAUCUGAACAUGACGAGCUAUUAUCGCACACCACACGGGAAGUAGUGGAUGACAAGUCCUGUAACCUUGCCGCCAGCAACGACAUUGACUUUGCCGCAACCCUGGCUGCCGGCCUAGCUGAUGCUGGAUUCAAUCCUGACUUGGUAGUGAACGAUCCAGCGUAUCACAGACGAGCCUCGCCGCCUGCUACGAUGGCAGAGGCCAACCCGGAAGAAGAAUUUACGGCCUUUACGACCAAGCGCAAGAAGAAGGGCAAGAACGGAAAACGAAUCGAUGAUUCGCAAUCUGUGGCCGAGCCCACCGUGCAAGAACUAGACAAGCGAGAUCCAAUUCCGUCUUCCGGCAUGCUUUCAAAUGACGCUGCAGUCGACGCUUUCGAUACUGAUCUGGCGCUCACCAUGCAACAAUCUGGAUUCGACUCUUCCGCCAUAGAACGAGCUUUGGCAUCGAAUGAAUUCAAGUCGUCCGAUACGGCACCCGACGAUGACGGUGCGGACCUGUCUUUCGCUGUCUCACGCCGUAAGAAGAAGGGUAAGAAACAAACCCCAAUCGCAGAGUCAUCUGAAUCCCGCGAGCUAGACGCCACCAGCACUGGUGCCUUUAUCUCCAAAGACCGCACGACUGUGGACAAAUUGCCUGCACAGGCCGCUCACGGCGACAUUGGUCACGUUGAAGACCAUGCGCAAAUCCUACCGUCGACCAAUAUCGGCACAUAUGAAGCUGCUGAGUUAACUCGCGAGGCUCUCUCGGACGACGCAGAGACGAUACCAUCACACGGAACAGCAGGAAAUCGAAGCAUAGCAGCAAGCGACCCAGCAGAAUAUUUCCCUGUGGAUAACAAGCAAGAGAUGGAUGUUGACGAGAUGGACAAGGCCUAUAGUGCUUUCAAGAAGAAGGAGAGGAGGAAGAACAAGAAACGACAGCAGGUAGCCGAGCCUUCAACGGGUUCUACCAGUAUCGAAGACAGCCGUGAGCACACGCCAAUUGACGACGAUCACGCCUUUUCAGCUAGGCACGCUGGACCUGCCAGCCAGGAUCCCAUCGUAGGAGCAUCGCAUCGUGCGGCUCGAGAGUUCCAUGACACGACAAAGAUGCCACAUGCGCUCAAUAGUCUAGACCGUUUAGCGGACUUUCAACCUCAAGCACGCGGAGCCACCGAGAUGCCAAGCUUACAGGAGUGGUCUUUUGAUGCUCUAGAUAAGGACAAGACAUCACUCGCAAAUGCUUCUGAUAGCCAGCAACCUCGAAACAUGGUCAGAGAUAGCGGUUAUCAAAGUAUCGACAGUCCUGUUGUAGAGCGCCACCACCAUGAUAGUGCAGGCCCAGUCGCUCCUGAGCUGCAUACAAUUCAAUCUCAUAGCAGCCUUCGAAGUCGACGCUCAGCAGAACCAUUGCAUAUCGAUACUCCAAGCAGUCCAGCGUGGCCACUUGAGGUCGCAAAGAGAGGAAGCUCAACCCGUGACGCAUUGACGGCGCCGCGCACAUCGAGCAAAGAGCCAGCCGCCACGCCACUUGAGUCUACGACGAAGAAUAGAGCAUCAUACCUUUUCACGUCUCCUCCAGCACAGUUACGCGAUACCACAGAUCCGUUCGAGAACCACACUUCUGCACGCUCACAAGCCUAUGAUGCCCUUGUUGGCGACUCGACGCAUGACGAUGCAUCAACCCCUCGGCAGGAAAGCCACUCGCAGGAUCACGACGAGCAACACGAAUCUUAUCAUCGAAACCUUGGCCCUCUGAGCCCACGGACGCCACUUCAAGUCAUCGAAGAAGAGUCUGGCGCUACGAAACGCAGUAAAGCGGACACCGACGUGGGAGGGCCAGCCGUCAUUAAAGCUAGGCGACGAAGUGAGACACCACAAGCCAUUCGAACCUCAAGAGAGUCGUUCUCGUCUGCAGGACGGCCCUCGGUGAUCAUCCCUGCAACCAACCUGCGCCAUGCAAGCAGUCCCUUGUCAACCGAUGAGCUCAUCAAUCGACUCUCGUGGCCAGCUGUUGACGAGGAUAGGGACACGGUGAACAUUGAUCGAUCACUUCAGCGCGAUACACCGAAGCCGAUGAUAUCUGGCGCAAGGUCUCCCAGCGUACUCAGCAAUCGGUCAAGUACGAGCGUUGCGCAUCACUAUCGAUCGCCUGCAGAUCAGAGAUCGUUCUCCCGCAACAGCAACAGAAGCCUCACACCAACCCUCAGACGCAUCGAUCGAAGUCAGUCAGGUGACCUUCGGGCCGCGUCUCGCCGCAGCGAAUCGGGUUCGGCCGUUGGCGCUAGAGCGUCGACACCCAAAACAAUCCCAUUUGAAGCACCACCAACACCACCAUCAAAUGAUGAGGAUCUGAUCGUCGCCGGCGCUGCAGGCGCUGCAGUGAUGUCUGAUGUUUUCCAAGGAUAUGGCGACGCGCGCGGGCUGCAAAGCUCGCCCACGCGACCGCCGAGCGUGCGCAAGCGGCAGAGCAUGCAUAUUGUUGACCUGGAGUCCAAGCUAGGCCAACUAGAAGCCGAGAACCGAGCGCUGAGCGAUGCCCGCAACGCCUACGAACAGAGUGGCGAUACCGGAUCCUUGGCAGAGGCACUCGAGGCACGUGAUCUUCAGCUCCAAGAACGAGAGGUCGAGAUCAACCGUAUUCAGACCAUGCUUGGUCCGUUGCACGAAGAGAUCGAGCGUCUCAACGACAUCAACGGCGAACUCACAGAAGCUAACAGGAAUCUGGUUGAUGACACGAAUGGUCGCUAUGCAACACUUCAAGCCGAGCACGCUCAUGCUCAUGAACAAUGGCAAAGUACGAAUCGGGAGCUUGAUCAGACGCGAGAGACUCACAGUCGUGCAAAUGAAGGAUUACGAGACGCCGUCGAAGUGCAGGUAACCACUGCUUUGGCUGAAAAGAAUGCCGAGAUCCUUCGUCUACGAGAAGAGCUCGACAUCGCUACUGAACAGAUACGAGCGCUGCAGGUACAGAUCCAGGCUUCGAAGUCAAGGGACUUUUUGACUGUGCGUGACGAGGACUAUUUCGAUGGUGCAUGUCAGAAGCUUUGCCAGCAUGUUCAACAAUGGGUCUUACGCUUCUCAAAGCUAUCUGACAACAGAGUAUGUCGUUUAUCUACAGAGCUUCGCGAUGACAAGAUCGAAGCGCGUCUGGACAAUGCUAUCCUCGACGGGUCGGAUGCCGACAAGCUACUAGGCGAUCGUAUCCGCAGACGCGAUGUGUUCAUGUCCGUGGUUAUGACCAUGGUGUGGGAGUACAUCUUCACCCGCUAUCUCUUCGGCAUGGAUCGUGAGCAGCGACAGAAGCUCAAAGCACUCGAGAAGAUCUUGGCAGAAGUUGGGCCGCCUCGUGCGGUCGCCCAAUGGCGUGCUACCACAUUCACGCUUCUGUCCAAGCGACCAGAUUUCGCCCGACAAUGUGCGCUCGAUACCGAGGCGGUGGCUCAGGAGGUGUUCGCAUUGUUAUGUGCACUCUUGCCACCACCAUCGAACGCUGAGCAGCAACUACGGAUUUCUCUGCUCAAGGUUAUGGGUGUGGCAGCUGAUCUCGCCAUUGAGAUGCGCACGCAGCGUGCCGGAUACAUCAUGCUGCCACCACUUCAGCCGGAGUACGACACAAACGGCGACCUGGUGCGAAAAGUCCACUUCAACGCAUCGCUCAUGAAUGAACGCUCAGGCAUGUUCAGUUCGAACGAGGAACUGGAAUCUGAACGAGGAGUAGUAAAACUCGUGCUCUUCCCACUUGUGGUGAAGAAGGGCGAUGAGAAUGGUGAGGGUGAGGAGGAGAUCGUGGUGUGUCCAGCACAGGUGUUAGUCCACAACGAGAAUGGAAGAGGGAAGAAGGUGGUAAGGGUCAUGAGUGGUGCCAUGGAGAUUGAUGAUCCGAGGAGGAGUAGCAGGUUGAGUCUGGUCAGUACAGCCCCCGGGAGCACGGCGUUUUAG